GAUAUUGCAGAGAAAUGGGGGCCGACGAAUUUGUGGCUCCGGCCAUUCCCCAGGAGCCGGGGAGUCAACGGCUUUCCAAUUCAGAUUUCAGAAAAUUGAUGAUGACGCCUCGGGUAGGAGGUGGUUCCACCCCCUUCUACGAGUCAAUGGGAACGCCCUCUAGCAUGAGAAAGGACGCCUCGAGAGGAAAGUUGGAUCCUGGCAAGGCUGCAGAGAGAAGAAAAAAGAAGAAUUUCUACGCUAAAAUGAAAAAAGACGAGGAGGAUAAAAUGGCCGAACUUGCCGCCAAAUACAGGGACAGAGCCGCCGAGCGAAGAGACGGCGGAGAGAGCGUGCCCGGGGCGGAUGACACGGCGACGGCGUACAGGGCAGUUGCACCGAAUGCGCGUGAAAAUCACGACGCUGCGGAACGUCGAAGGCAGAUGAUUCAGGAAUCAAAAUAUCUUGGUGGAGACAUGGAGCAUACUCACUUGGUCAAAGGUCUGGAUUUUGCUCUACUGCAAAAGGUUCGAAGUGAAAUAUCUGUUCGAGAGCAAGAGCUUGAAGAAUUCCAAGGAGAGGAAGAAGAAAAGUUGGAAGCAAAAGAAAAGGCAGCGAAGGAGAUUAAGGAAGAAGAUGACGAACCUAGAUUAUUUUAGAUCGAGACGAGAACUAUUCUAGCGAGAAAUAUUGUCAGGAAUAUGUUCCGGCCGGAAAUACCGAAGGUGAAUGAACUGUUCCACCCUGGACGAAUGGCCUACGUGAUGGAGCUGGAGGAAGAAACGGAAUCGGAUAUCCCCACCACCACCAUCAGGAGUAAGAAAGAUGUGACCCUAAACGAACAGAAGGCUACGCUGUCUACCAACGAUAUUGUGAUCAACAAGCUGACCCAGAUCCUCUCCUACCUCAGGGCCGGCUCCAGGAACAAGAAGAAGAAGAAGGAUAAACUGGGUCUGCUGGAUAAUCUGAUUAAAACGGAAAAAGAGGAUUUACCUAUUUACGAGGAUAUUGUCGACUACAAACCUAGGAAAGAGGAGCGUCGAGAUCGUCGUGAUGAUCGGCGAGAUGACAGGGAUCGCAGAGAUCGACGAGAUGGACGGGAUGAUCACAGGGAUAGACGGGACGAAGAUAGGUAUGGUGACAGGCACCGAGAACGGGACAGGGACAGGGAUAGGGAUAGGGAAAGGGGAAAAGAUAGGUCUGGACGAGAUGAAAAAAGAGACAGAAGAGAGAAGAAGGAGGAUGCUAAAAGGUCAUAUUUUGACCAGCCUGCUGACGGGGAGGGCGAGGAUGAACACAAGGGAGGAUUCUCAACCCAGGAUAAACAAAUGAUCAAGAAUCUGCUGAAGAAGGAAGAGGAUAAGGAGAAGAAGAAGGAGAAGGAUGCCGGCAGCCUCAUGUCCUCAGAUUAUGGAUAUGCUGAGUGCUAUCCUGGGCUCAUGGAGAUGGAGGAUGCAAUAGGUGACAGUGAUGAAGAGACUGAUUACAGUAAGAUGGAUAUGGGGAAUAAGAAGGGUCCUGUUGGCAGAUGGGAUUUUGAUACUCCUGAGGAGUACUCAGAGUACAUGUCUUCAAGAGAAGCUCUUCCAAAAGCUGCCUUCCAGUACGGUACGUAAAGUACAUAUAUCAUACAGAU